AUGGACGAGUUUCUUCGCGUGCGGCGCCUCACCGCGCCCGCGAACAAGAGGGCGAACACGAGGUCGGGGCGGCCGAAGCUGACGAAGGAGAAACCGCCGGGGGCGAAGCGUUUUCAGAAGCCCAAAGCGCCGGCGAAGGAACCGUGGACCGGGGACUCGAAAUCCAAAAACGACAAGAAGGCGACGCCCGCGGCGAAGCCACGCGGGACGCAGGGGAAGAAAGCGACCGUGCGCGCGGCGACCGCGCCGACGACGUGA